UUUGAAGGUCGCACACAACAUGGAGGACCUGCAGAGCAGACAGGCGUGAUAAGAGAGGAUAAAAAUAAGAUUGUAAUAUUAGUGUAAGGUCUGGUGUUGUCCGCACUGGGCGCCAUUGUUCCUCCGCUCAGAGAUGACUCAGGUGUUCAGAUGUGUCUGUCAGUUACCAUGGAAACAUUCAGUCAGAUUAUAAUGGAAGAUUCAAAUCAGUGACUGUCAGCGUUAGAGGGAAACUUCCUGUGAAAGGUCCUUGAAAGGUCCUUGAAAGGUCCUUGAAUCUGAUUUGUGGGAACCCUGAUGUGAUGGCUGAUGGCUGAUGGCUGACGGCGGUCCUUGUGUGAAAGGUGUUCGUGAUAACGUCUCCGUCCUCCUCUCAGCUGCAGGGAACAUGUUUCGCCCCCGGCCGUGUCGGUGGCUGCGUCCUGGAGCUCGGGUUGUUUCCUGGAGGAGCGCCCAUAAACUGGCUUCACUCCAGAAAGUCAGAGCGCUUCCCCCGAACAAAGUCCAGAGCUUGCUGUACCCCUUUAGUGAUCUGGAGGGCUACCUGGACAGGUCCGUGGACAGGACGCCGUUCCAGCUCUUUCAUCCCGGUUUGGAGGACGUGAUGAAAGCGGAAAGGCUCUUCUGUUCUUCUCCGUCUCAUAAGAUUGAUUACCAAACCUCUGCAGUGAGGAUGGACCACUUACCUGCACUCAAACCGCCUGAGGUGUGUUUCAUCGGCAGGAGCAACGUGGGCAAGUCGUCUCUCAUCAAAGCUCUGUUCUCCCUGACGCCUGAGAUAGAAGUCCGAGUCUCCAAAACUCCAGGUCACACAAAGAAGAUGAACUUCUUCAGAGUGGGCACAGCUUUCACCGUCGUUGACAUGCCAGGAUAUGGAUACAAAGCACCCAAAGACUUUGUGGAUAUGGUGGAGCCGUACCUUUACUCACGGAAAAAUCUGGUGAGGACGUUCCUGUUGGUCGAUGGCAGUGUCGGUCUUCAGAGUGCUGACAUGGUCGCCCUGGAGAUGUGCGAGGAGAUGACGCGUCCAUAUGUGAUGCUGGUGACUAAGAUCGACAAAUGUGGGCACGGAGCCCUGCUGACAAACCUACUGAAUGUUCAGGAUGUGGUUAAAACACAGACCAUGAGCUGCUUCCCCCAGCCGUUCCUGAUCAGCUCCCUCCAGUUUCAGGGAAUCUACCUCCUGAGGUGCUUCAUUGCCCACGUAACAGGGAGCAUCAGGUUAACGGACACUUCCCAAAGCUGACCAGAGGCCAGCUUAGCAUAACUGAGUGGAACUGGGAGUUUGCUGAACACAUUGCCAGGUCUAGACAGCUGAUGGGGAAACGUUUAUUUUCUAAUAAAAUGUAAAACACUU